GUUUAUUUGUUGGAUAGUUGGUCGCUGUGCUGAAAAUAUUCCAGAACCUAUUCCUGACCUACGCUCCUAAGCACAGAUCUAGGAUCAGCUCAUCCUCAUCAAAUCCAAACCAGGACGUUUAGAAUUCACAAGGGGAACACUGACCUCAGACCAGCGUUUAAACCCCACGUCUUCCUGCCUAGACACUGACUCUCUGUCCAGAGUUCCUCUGUGCUCCAGCCGUAUAUCCAUCCAGCCAUGGGUCUGAUGAGCGAGGACAUGGAGUGCUGCGUCUGCCUCCAGCCCUACUCUCGUAGGGAGAAGAUCCCUCGGAUGCUCCACUGUAAGCACACAUUCUGUGGGCUGUGCUUGCAGGCGAUGUCCAGGCUCCAGAGCGGCCUACUGACAGUAUGCUGCCCCCUGUGCCGUUGGAUCACCUGCACCGUGCCCAGCCUCACCGUGUCGGGGUCGCUGUGGGUUAACACUGAGAUCUGGGACCAGAUACUAGACACACAACAGGAAGAGGAGGAGGAAGAAGAGGAGGAAGAGUGGAAGGGAGCUAACAGACAGACACAGACCACUACACAGUACACAUGGUCUCCAUCAAAGCAUUGUGGCCUGAGGAUCAAACUACAGAAUUUCCUGAGGAGGAUGAAGCACAAUGUACUGUAAACCGAGAAGAGGAAGAGCAGAGAAGAAGAAGACUGUAUUUGACCAUUUCAGAGUAGGAGAUACUCAUUGAGUAAUGAAGAUAAUUCACCAAACAGGACCGACCGGUGAUUUUCCAUAAUGAAGCAAGAUUGAACCAAUUAUUAAUAUGCUUUGGGUUUGAUUGACUUUGGGU